AGAAGCUCCAGCCCCGAAAGAAAGUGCGUGGUAUCAUACACUGAUCCCGCGCUUUCUAAUGUCCUACAGAGAAGACUAAGCAAAGAAAAACAACGAAAGCCAAAGCUCUUGAUGCAGAUGAUCAAUAGCUGUCCGGCCUGCCAAUCCAAUAAAUAUUCAGGACAUUGUGAAUUCCAUAGCACGUGUCUCGAUGGAAACGGCUAAACAGAAUAAUACCAAUACUGAGGUGAAUUCGGUUAACGCUUCCCAGCCGUCCACUUCACUGGGCCCCUCUGUAAUUACGACCACGAAAAGUGGUGUGUCAUCUAGUCCGCUUUGUCAUGCUUGCUCUGGUUCCUUUCAUCCCCUGUAUCGGUGCCCAACGGUAAUUGAGGAAUUGAGGAUAGUAGGGGCAAAGAAGCAUCGACUCACUAUCAAGGAUUUGGACGCUGCAGUGCCUUCCGCAAAACGCAAUGCAGCAGAUACUACGAAGCCAUCACGGAAGCCUUCGGAGACUGACGACGAAGGUGACCGUGGAGAGCCGCAACGAAGGAAGCAGUUCGGAGGAAGAAGACGAGAUUGCUCAGGAGCCAGAACGAGAGGAGCCAGAACAGAGGAACCAGAACAAGGGAGCAUGAACCUGAACCUGGUCAGGCUUCGCUCGAAGACAUUGAUUUGGACGCCAUCAUGCGAGGUCCGGGGCCAAUCAAAACUUCGCAAAUUGAUCGAUACCUUGGAGACGAAAGAAGAAGAAUCAGAUACCGAGGACGAAGGCGGUGAUAUUGGGCCUCUGGAAGUUGAAGACGAUGGCGAGAAUGAGCGGAAGUACCGUCGAUUAUCGCAGCGCUGGGUAAAUUCAUCUGAAGAGGAAGGGGAUGAAGACGACGAGAGCGAGCAGCACUCGAUGCCCCCGCCCAAACAAAACAUUUCCGAGCCGUUGCCUUCGACUGCCGCGCCAAAACCUUCUGUGGGUCCUGAUCAGACAUCUAACGCCACAGACCCAGCUGGAAGCAAGAAAGACGGUGUGCAAGGAGACGCUUUUGAUACGGAUGCCACCCGUGUUUCUGUGCCAAAGGCUCAGGAUGGCGACAAGGACUUGGCCAAAGAUGCUGGCAAAGCACCUGAGGUUGUAGACCUAGACAAAGCAUCAGAUACAUCACCCGCCCGCGGUACUACGCUCUCUCGCAACAAGGCCGACAAGCCCAACACUAACGAUGACCCCAUUGAACCAGCCGACGAUCUGAUGGAUUUCCAGCAAGUGAUAACAUCUGAUAAUGAUCCCAUCGAAGUUACGACACCAAAUCAGAAAACUGCAAAACCACUUUCUCCAUUAGCCCACUCGACUCCAAAGUCUGGCUUAGCAAAACGGAUGAAGAAUCGACACGGGCAACUUCCCAGCCCGUCGCAAUUUCCUGUACGUGCUGAUGAAUCCAAGGUCAAUGGAUCCCAGAGAGCAGGCGCUGAGGGGAAGAAGAAAAACGCUGCCACUCGGACAGGCAAUGACAAACCGUCGAUUCGCGGCGGCAAGGGGGCAACACAAGCAGACCUCCUUCGCAUCUCUUCGCAACCAGCCAAAAGGAGCACAAACUCGAACGGCCAUGGCGCAACACCAUCUCAUUCGCAACCUUUACCGAAACCUCCAGCUUCUCUUGCUAAAUGGUCUGUUCUUCGUGAACCUUCGCCGUCCAUGUUGAUGGACGAACUUGAUAGCUCUCCCAUUGGACAGGGUGGCAUACUUGGCGAACUUGCUGGCAAAGCAUCUGAUCAAAACAGCGCGGGAGAACAUUCUAAUGAUGAUUCAGCAGGCAAAGCCGACGGGUCACUUUUCACGUUACCGGCGAGCCAAGUACCCUUUCCACAUUCGCAGUACAAUGCAUCAGUGCGGAAACACAUGGAAGUAGUUCCGGACUCGGAAUCGAUACCAUACCGCAGACUCACAGAUAUUGCGAGUCAAGCAUCGCUUUUCUCCCAGAGUACUCCGGUCGCACCUCGUCCGAGCACCAUGACUAAUGGUAUGGGAAGGCAGGCGGAUGAUGACGAUGAUGACGACGACGACGACGAUUCGUCAUCCGAAUCUGAUGACGAGGGCCAGUCACACAUCCCUCAAGGGAAAAGGGCAGGGAAGCUACGCUCGAAAAAGACAAAGGGACUUUUGGCGUCUAUGGUUUAUUGAGUCACAGUCUGAUUUACGGCUCAGGCCUGAUCGAUCCGUUGCAUUUGCCUUGCAUAUCAGUCAUCUACAUACGUGCGUUGAUAGUACCUGCUUCUCUUCUCAUCAAGCAAACAAGAAUAUCGUAGUAAUUAUACAGACUCGUCAUUGCCGGUUCGCUGUCUUGAGUGAUGAGCGGUG